AUGGAACGCGUGCAAACUAUUAUUCUGGUCGGCGGUUUUGGUGAAAGCCCAUACGUUCAGGAGAGAAUGAGGAAUGAAAUAGCUGGCGUGAGACUGAUCGUCCCUCCAGACGCGGGGCUUGCUGUGUUAAAAGGGGUCCUGAGGUUUGGACACAACCCCGACAUUGUCCCCUCAAGGAUCAUGAAAUACACGUAUGGGAUGGCGAGUUACAAUACCUUUGAUGAAAAGAAGCACCAAGGUAAGAAGAAGGUUAUGCUGAAUGGAACGUGGCAGGUGCGAGAUUAUUUUAAUGUGUUCGUUCGGGUCAACGAGGAGGUUGGAGUGGACCAUCAGAUGACCAUAAAGAGUCAUCCUCAUUGUAAAUUAUCCAUUACACCUGUCUUCAGGACGACACAGGUGAACCCGGAGUACACAACAGACCCUGGAUGUGAACUUCUCGGGGCUAUUAAGCUUGAAAACAGCUCCGAUGUUCCAUUUAAAGAACAGGAAAUAGAAAACACGUUUUUGUUCGGAGAUACUGAGUUGCUGGUAAAGACAAAGAACACUUUCACGGGGAAAGAGACAUUCAUGACAUUUGAGUGUUUCAAAUAA